AUGAGUGAAACAGAACCUAGUGAAAGCACCGUUUCGACUUUACAAUCCAAACUUUUGCUCAAUGACGGAAUAUCAGAGAACAACAAGAAAAAUGUUAUACUGCUGAAUCAAAUAGUGCCGUUCAUUCUGAAUACUUCACAUUAUAUGACGGAUCUGAUGUAUGUCCUGUAUUACCUGGCUCAGAAGCAGGAAGACAAUUUAUUAAAUGUUUCUGGUACACGUACGUCGCACAAGAAAGAACUUCUUGAAUUAAAGAAUGAUAUUUGCGAACUAAUUUACGACUUAAGGACAGGGUUCCGCCUAUUAUUGGAUAGUUGUGAGUUAGAUCAUUUUGAAACACCUGGAAAGUGUCGACAUUUGAUUGAGAAGGUUUUGGUCAACUCUAUUUACGGAGUAAACAGGUACAUUUUUCAGGAAUUAAACAGACUAAAUGUUGAUUUUAAAGAUGAAUUUACUUUACAAAUGCAGAAUUGUUUAUCUGGAUUUGUGAAUCUCUACAAGUUUUUGAACAAGAUUCCUAUGAAUAAACAACAGUCACAGAUGAACGAUUUACAGAUGAAAAUAUUAGUUAAUGUUUUGCAGAACGAAUUGCUACCCAUUUGGAAGUUUCAGCUAGAUCUUUUGAAUUGUAAAUUAUUUAAUGAGCUUUCUAAGGAUAAAGACCUGAUUACUAUAUAUAGAGAAGCUACGAAUGAUAGCGCUAUUGACGUUAGCAAGGGUGAACCGUUCAUUAGAUAUGUUAAUUGGCUAAAGGACCAAAUUAUCGGUGAAAUGACAGUUUAA